AACUCGGGCAAAGUUGAAGCGGCCGCGCCACUCCACCACGAGCGGGGCGCUUGCAAGGACACACACACUCUCACCUCACCUAACCUUGUGUUCACACCACCCACAUUACCCUAAUUGAAUCUCAUCGUCGCCGUGCCCCGGACGACGCAAUGGCGUUCAUCGGCAGGCAGCUCGUGCGGACGAUGUCUUCGGGCGGCGCCGCGAAGAAGAUUAAAAUCGAGAGCCUCUCGGUCAUCGGCAGCGGGCAGAUGGGCGCUGGCAUCGCGCAGAUCGCCGCAACUACCGGCCACAAGGUGGUGAUAGUGGACCAGACUGAUGACAUUCUGCAGAAGGCCAUCAAGGGCAUUGAGUCCAGCCUGAAGCGGGUGGUGAAGAAGAAGUUUGGUGACAACACGGAGGCGGGAGCCAAGUUCGUGGCUGACACCAUGAGCAACAUCAGCACGAGCACCGACGCCGCCGCGGUGGUGCACAGCUGCGACCUGGUGCUGGAGGCCAUCGUAGAGAACCUCUCCGUCAAGCAGUCGCUCUUCUCUCAGCUGGACAAGUUCGCUCCAGAGAAAACUAUUUUUGCGAGCAACACAUCGUCGCUGCCCAUCACCGACAUCGCAAACUCCACCUCGCGUCAGGACCGCUUUGGGGGCCUGCACUUUUUCAACCCUGUGCCUGUGAUGAAGCUGGUGGAGGUCGUCGAGACACCCAUGACAAGCAAGGCAACAUUUGAAGCGCUGACCGACUUCACAAUUGCAUUGGGGAAAAAACCGGUGUCUUGCAAGGACACGCCGGGGUUCAUCGUGAAUCGCCUCUUGGUGCCGUACAUGAUGGAAGCCGUCCGUCUGCACGAGAGGGGACACGGCUCCAAGGAAGACAUUGACUUGGCCAUGAAGUUGGGUGCUGGUUACCCCAUGGGCCCCUUCGAGCUUCUGGACUAUGUGGGACUGGACACUGGAAAGUUCAUCAUUGAUGGCUGGCACCAGCUGGAGCCUCAGAAUCCACUCUUUGCUCCCAGCAAAAUGCUCAACAAGCUGGUGGAAGAAGGCAAGUUUGGACGCAAGAGUGGGGAGGGCUUCUACAAGUAUGCAUAAGCCUCGCAGUGAGCAAACGCAGCAGAUGGCGCUCAACUUGCCGAUGCAUAAGCACGUACGCACACGCAUCUCACCCACCUAGGGGAUGUCCAUGGCAGACAGCAUAGUAUUUCAAUGAAGAAAAGCGUGCACGUUAAUCCGAACCUCACAUGCGAUUUAUAAACAGGACCAAUUAAUCAGUUGGGUUGUGAAAUUUGCAAUUUUAGUGACCUUUGUCAGUAACACACAAAUGUAUUUUGGUGUCCUGUCUCCCGAAAACCAACUCCACUUCCUCAUACAUUUUCUGAGUUAAUGCUUCCUAAUUGGCUGAUGAGAAGUGUUUGCGCUGCAGGUCAAAUAAAAUGGUAAAAGUAAUGGCGAGUUUGUAAUAUGAUGCAGCAGCAAUCAUUUGAUCAUUCGGACGAUAAUAUAAUCAAAGAGUGCUCUUAAAAAAUCAGAUAAAAUGAGCACUGUUGCAGUCAAAACAUUUACGUGCAACAAUGGGAAUUUGCGGUCAAAGUGGCUUCAUGUCAGGACGCCUGUCCAGUCCACAACUUGCACAUGACACAUGGCGGCGUCUACCAGCCACACCCACAAUUGCCAUCCGUUUCCCUUUACCUGCCAUGCAGGGAGAUAGUAGAUGGGGUGUAUUGUUUAUUGUGAUUUGUUAACCAAUGCAUGGGCUAAAUAUAACAUUGUAUACAAGUCAUGUGGAUGUGUUAAGUUAUCAAACACACACCCACGUCAAGAUACCUCUCGUGAGAAAGUUUUAGAAAAGAGCCCUUGCUGUAUUUGAAUUACGCGAAGAAAUUAAUAAUCAGGUUUCUAGAUAAACAAAUCACAGCACGGGAGUAAGUGUAAAGCCCGGCAUAAAAGAGGAAAUACGAUUCCAGAAACGAUUCCAGACAAAACGUUUGCUCGCAAAUGCUGGGUGCCUCCACGUUUCCAGAAACACGGAAAUGUGUUUCCCAGAGUUGACCUGGGUUCUACUUUGAGAAAAACUUUCCGUUUGGCAAAUCGGUAGGAGAGGCAGAGCACACAUCAUCGAUCACGUGACGAGGUGCGUGCUGCUCGAAUCAGUUUCCCGACGUGUUUCUGGGAACGUGUUUCUGAGGGUUUCCUGCGACCGAGACCAUCACGAGCUGCUGACACAAAACCACCUUGACUUUUGCACAUAAACCCGCGUGCCUUGUGUCAUUUGUAUACCCGGAUAAGAACUAUGUGAGGAUGAAUAACUGAAUACUUUUGUAAGCUUUGAGGGGCUGGCCUGAGUUUGUAAUUCAUUUACAGGUGCUUUUUCUUACUUGCUGCAUGAGCCAUAUCUCUCUAUAACAUUUUCAAGGGUAUUGAUGCACAUUUGCGUUUAGUGUGGUGUAACACAGGCAAGCACAUUCAUGUAUCAGUCCACCCUGGCCAGGAUGAAUACGUGCUUAAUAACAAUCAUCGCAAAUGAUAAAUACAUUUUUAUAUUUUCGCUGGCUUUCAUGUUAAACUGAAAGUGUAUCAUGCUGUGCCUAACCGCUGCCUCGGAGCCAAAUUAGUAAAACCUGACUACGCGCGAAGCCGGUCUCGUGAAAUGUGUGUUGGUCAUCCAAUCCAGAUAAUUCACAUUCAUAAAUAAUGUGCCCGUUACAUUCACAUGCCAAAGCAUACAAAAUUACCACGAAGCCAUCUCACAUUUGAAUUGCAUUGUUUUUCCAUUUAUAUGAAGAUUGCAGUUAUGAAGGAUGAAAAUGCUUCUUGAAAGAUGCAUUGUGCUGCCAAACAUGGUUAUGUUUGUAACGUGACACAACUUAAACAAUGCAUUAUUUACAUGAGGAAAGGGUAGUUGACUCAAACUGUUAAGACUGAAAUGAAACGGUGCCUGUCAUGCCAAGUAUUAUUAUUUCGCACGUGCACAAAGAUUGUGCCAGCAGUUGUUACAGAGUUACCAAUUAGCCUCCCGUCAUGCCUGGGUGACUCUGCGUCUAUGGCCACUGUUUACACGCGCCAACAAGGGCCAUACGUUUUGAGUGCCAUCAGUCAUUAAUGUUAACAGACACACAAAAAUCUGGGAACCAGCUUGAAGAAACUUUGUCCUCCGAGGCCCAUAUAUACUUGUUAAACAAAGUGCAGGAUGAUGCACACUUUUGUAUGGUAAGACUGCACUGCUGUGAAGACUUGAAUGAGACAUUUGGUAACUUGGUGGAAGUGUGACCUACCAACUGAUUGGUGUAGCCGAGCAUCUGAAGAUUACUGUGAAGGAGCCAGAGCCGAUUGGUGCCGUGUGUAACUUGUGUGAACAAUCUUUAUUUGUCAAGACGUUCAAACACCAAAUAGAUACCUUUUUCAAGUAAUCAAGUUUGUAUUAACCACACGUCAUUGUGGUGAACGUGUAGACAAACAUGCUGUGAUAAUAGGAGCAUUGUCUUUGAGACUGAUUACCCUACACCAGAGACUGGCUUCUUUAUGGCCUAGUCUCACCACGUGUCAGACCAGAGAAAGCCAAAAGCAAAUAGUACAAAAAUUGACUGUUGAAAGAAUAUAUAUAGUGUGAGCAUGCUUGUUUGCAUGUUCACCACAAGUACGUGUGGUUGAUGCAGACUUUAUUCCUUGCAAGAAGUAUCUAUUUGGUAUGUGAACGUCUUAACGCCUGUUUUAUUGCCAACAUUAUCAGCCAUGGCCAAAUCCACUACUGAUGGCCUCAACUAAACCACUGACAUAUCCUUAUAUGGCCAAUAAAAUAUACACCACAGUUUAAAAUGGUUAUUAAAUCCAUGUCUCAUUUGUGACGAUAAACCUUUUAAAAACAACACCAAACUUGUAAGUCUCGGGCCAUGGACUAAGCAAAGAUUGGCAAAUGCUUUGUUGAUGAUCCUGAAGGUUGUAAACCGUUUGCUAUGUGGAGACAAUCUUGCAGUGGUGUUGGUGGACUGAACAAUUAUAAUUGUGGAGUGAGUGUCAUUGAAUAAAGAGGGAUAUGGAAAAUUAUACUUUCUGUAGAAUACUAGUGUUAUACAUAGUGGGAAACUUUGAAAUAAACUACAUUUUCUUGA